AUGGCCUGUCAUGUCAUCUUGCCACCAGGGAAAGAGCUUGCCAUGCCCGGGCAGGACCUGAAGCUCGGCCUAAUCUUGCGGCAGCCCGUGAUCUUAGAAAAGGUCCAGCAUUUCACCCUGGUUGCAAGAUGGCGACCGGACCUUUGGCACUGGCCUCGUCACCGAGACGUCGGCCCUGACCGAGGAAGACAAGAACAUCAAGUGGAGUUGAGUCUGGACUCUGCUCAGGCUCUCUUGAGCUUAGAACUGGUGAGGUCUCGAACCAAGAUCGCCAUCAUAAGGGCUGAUAGCUUGGCUCUCACGCCUCCUUGCGCUCUGUCCCCAGCAGCCUCCAGCAUUCCUGAGGAGGGAAAGCCUGGGCGGUCCAGCAGCAACAUGUCCAUGUUUGAGAAUAUUAGUAAGAACGUGGUCAGAGAACUUGGAGACAAAGACCUGAGGCCUGUGAAGAGCCUGAUGAGCGCCAAAAAAUUCCAUCAGUUUUCAAUUUUACAGAGGAAAAAGAAGACUCUCUCACGUUUCUGGGAACCAUCUGAUGCUCCAGUAAAAUACACCCUCAUGGACAUCCUGGAGCCAAGUUCUUCGGUCCCAGAAACAGUCACGGAAACAUAUACCUUCAGUGACACCAUGUUAUGGAAGUACAAGAUGUCUGCAGAUGUGACUGCUGUGCUAGAUGUGAAUGUGUCCGGGGAAAAUGCUAAGUGCCAUGAAUCUUGCCUCCGGUUUCAGGCUGUUGCCACCCCACCCCAAAACUGGAAAGACCUUCUUAAGAGGAAAGUGCUAGACCAGGAGCUGCUAUUUCUGAAGAAAUGUCGGAGCAGAGAAGACAAUCUCUACGUGGUGACAGAGGCUGUAGAGCUGCUCCAUAGCACUGUGCUGCAUGACAUUAGCAGUGUGAAUGCUAUGGGAAAAUUCCUCAUCCCUUGGAUGACUUCUGUCAAGGGGCAAGGCCAGGGGGAGGGUCUCAGAAUGAGAGAGAAGAUGUUGACUCUGCCACAGGGCACGGUGCUGGCCUAUAAGAGGAAGCAGCUGGUUUUUGAGAAGAAUGACAUCCUCUUCUCAGAUGACGACAAGCAGCAAACCUUUCCACAAGAGGAAAUUCGUUGCAAGUCACUCCAAUAUGCCAUUGAUGAAAACGGUCCCCUGUUCACAAUGGAUAUGUCUACUGGAGGCAAGGGUGCUGAUCUGGAGCUGCGAUCAUCUGGAAGAAUACAGAGAGUCCCUUGGCAAGAUUUCAAGCAACUACAUGAGGAGAUUUCCCAGGAAAUGGAGGCCCUAGCCCAGCUCUCAAAGGACACUCAGGAUUCCAUAUUCCAUAAUGUCCUGAACACGCUUGGGAACCGAGAGGCUCUGCAGGACCUCAUGGACAUGCUAGAUGAGGGCUCCCUGGAUCACUUGGAUGACUUUGGUGGCACAAUCCUGAAUGAGAUGCAAGAGGACACAAGAUACAUGUGGAUCCAGGCAAGAUUCCACAUCAUCUACCUCCUCGAAGCCAUAAUGGUGCUGAGUGACACCCAACAUGAUCUGCUGGCCCAGUCCGUGGAAAAGGGGAUCCUGCUCCAGCAGCAAAAGCUGGUAAGGAGCAUCCUGGAGCCCAACUUCGAAUACCCCUGGCACAUCCCCUUCACCCUCAAACCCGAGCUCCUUGCCCCACUCCAGGGUGAGAAUUUGGCCAUCACCUAUGGCCUACUGGAGGAGUGUGGCCUGAAGAUGGAACUGAAUAGCCCCAGGUCAACCUGGGAUCUGGAAGCCAAGCAGCCCCUGUCUGCCCUGUAUGGGACCCUGUCGUUGCUGCAGCAACUGACCGUCAGUCCAGGGAGGCCUGGCCCCACUGCAGUCUAUGCUGGGCGUGUCCCUAAUGAGCUGAGGGGGGUCUAG